AUGCUGAUAGCAGAUCCAAGGAACGCCGUCUUUGUGGAGAAGUACGCAGCGAUGCCACUCCACUUCGAGUCUUUUGGCCUCGACUUAUGCCUUAUAGCCUUACUCCUUCUAUACACUGUCGCAACAGUAAUUGGUACAGCAAUGGUCACCAGAGUUAUUCUGCGUAUUCGAGCAAGGAAGCACGAGUUCUCUGCCAAAACAUAUCGCCUUCACAUCAAUGUGGUCGUUUCUCUGAUCAUCUACUGUGUCAUUCUUCUUGUUCAAGUCGGCUUACCUACUAUGCUUUUUAUACUCACACUAAUUCUUGAACUGUCAUGGAUGACCACAACGCCUCAGCUUGUAACAAUUUUGUUCUUUCCAAUUCCACUAUUCGCCAUGUCUACAAGCAUUAUGUAUUUGAUGGUUAUUCGUCCAUUUCGUGAAUGCGCCAUCCGACUUAUCAAACGUGCUCUGUGCGCAGUGGCUCCGUCGUGGAACAGAAGCACUUCGACCGAAUUCAAACCACAAAUUGACCUCUGUUACUUGAAGGCCGUGGGUAUGAUGAUUUGGUUUGGCGCUUAG